AUGGUGACGGAAGUUGAGUCGAGCAAUGCUCACUUUGCCCAGGGGGAGGCACUGCCCAACAAGACGCUGCACAUCCGGGAAUCCCCAAACACACUGACCCUCCUUUGGACCAAGAGGGGGGCAAUACGGAACCUCUUCCGCCCACUGUCAUCCCCCGUUCCCUAUUUCUGCUACUUCUACAAGUGCCGCCUUAUGUAUCGGCGGAAAAUGACUCCCUGUGGCAGGAGCUCAACCCUUACCCAGCGUGAGAGCUUGAGUAUCAGGCCCCGCUACUGUCGGCAGUGUUCCGAGUUCGAGGGCGGCUGCCCAGACAGGAGAAAGACCACCGAAGAAGGGGGCAGCGCAACCUUUAAAGAGGUAUACAAGGCUGGGAAUCUCACCGUAUUCGCUGGCGAUCGUCAGCACCCUGAUCACCCGAUUCAAUUGGACUUCCAUUUCACCUGGGGCAGCCAGGGGGUCAGCCACUGGCACGGCCUCCUCCAAGCACACACACUUUUCCUCGACACACCUUACCUCGCCCUGGACCGCAACAGCCGUGAAAGCCUGUUCGCAACGCUGGAAUACGUGGAGGAGAAGACAGAAGCAGACCAGGUGUUUGUUAACUUCCACAAGUCUCGGCGGGACAGAGGCGACCUGCUACGAGCGUUUGGCUUCUUGGGUUUCGAACUCGUACAGCCGGACUACCCCAACCUCCCGCCCUGGGAGGAUGUCAUUUUCAUGGCCUACCCCAUGGAACGAGAACUCUGCUAAGAGGAGCGGCAGCAGCAGACCCUGAAAUCAGACACGCCAAACAGACCGCAUGGGGCUGUGCUUACGGGCAGGCUCCUUGAAUGA